CAGAUUGUACAAGUAUUUGGGCAUGAUCAAGAAAACUAUCCAGCAUCUUCAGAUACAAGAUGAGACUAUGCUGAACAUCCCGGAGCUAGACCUGGAGCCGGAGGUGGAUGACCUGCUAUCUAAUCCGGAGAUGGUAGAGAAGUUGGAGCAGUGUGUGAUGAACUGGCGGACUCAGAUUACCAUUGUUAUUGAGUUGCAGCUGAACAAAAAGCCACAGGGCCCUGACCCUUUGGCAGAGAUAGCUUUUUGGCAGGAGCGUGCAUCCAUCCUGAGUGGUCUGAGUGAGCAACUCAAACAGCCCAGAGUCUGCAAAAUCUUGGAGGUGAUGACCAAAGCGGAUACUGACACUGCUCAGACCAUGCAAGGAACAGUUGCUGAACUCACUAAAUACCGUGUGGAGUCAGACGAUAAUGUACGCUUCCUCAGCACACUGGAAAGACACUUCAUGAAUCUGGGAACUGGAGCAAAUUUUAAUGUGCUCCUGGAGACCAUCCCUCCUUUGAUGAACAGCCUGCAAAUUGUGUGGAUAGUCUCUUGCCACUACAACACAAAUGAGUGUAUGGUCCCUCUGAUGGAGCGUAUCGCCUGGCAGCUGUGUCAACGUGUGACUCAAGUAAUUGAUGUCCACACGCUAUUCAGAGAUAAGAGAGAAGUGGCCAAAUCCAAGGUGCAUGAUGCCAAGCAGGUCCUGGACAAGUGGAAGUCUUCCUACUUCCAGGUGCGUGCUGACAUUGAAGAAUCAGGCAGGAAUCAACGCUGGGAAUUUGACCGUAAGAGACUGUUUGAGAGGGCAGACUACAUGGCUUCCGUCUGCCAGGACUAUCACAGUGUUUUGCAGAUCUUGGAGGAGUUCUAUAAUAACUUUGGUCCGGAGCUAAAAAGUGUAACCGGUGACCCAAAACGCAUCGAUGAAGUUUUGUGCAGAGUGGAUAAUCUGGUGUUGCCUAUUGAAGACAUCAGUUUUAAUCCUUUCAACAUCUGUAAGAUGAGUAGCUGGAGAAUAAUCAUGCAAGACUUCAACACUACGGUUCAGGUGGGCAUCAUAAGUGAAAUAUUUGAGGCAAAGAAAGACAAUCCACCGUUAAAUAGGAAUGAGCCUCCUGUGGCAGGAGCCAUCAGAUGGGCUCAAUCUCUUUUCCAACGCAUCAAACACACCAUCCUUCAGUUUCUGGAGGUGCCGGAGAUGCUGAAGAGUGAACAAUACAAAGCGGCCAAGGACAAGUACGUGAACACGUCAAUACAGAUUAGGGACUAUGAGACGAAGAAGUACCAGGACUGGCUGGGUGAGACAGAACGCAACUUGCCAUUGCUAAUGAAAAAAGCCCUGUUGGUCAUGGAUGUCCCUUCAACUGAAAAGAGGCUACAUAUUAGUGAGCGAUACAUGGUGAACUUUGCUCCAGAGAUCAAGGAAAUCAUUUCAGAGACAAAGCACCUUGUGACACUUGGCUACUGUGUGCCUUACCUGGCUCAAAAUGUCUCUUUACAAGAGCACAACUUCAUUAGGUAUGUGAAUAAUCUGAACAACGUUGUCAACUGCUACCACUCUGUAAUGGACCGGCUCAGUGAGGCACACUUCCUUAUGCUGGCUGAACACAUCGAAGUGAUCCAAAAAAACAUAUAUUUUGGAUGCAAAAGACUCAACUGGAAUUCUUUAGGCAUCCCCGACUUCAUCAAUCGAGGACUUCAGGCUGUCUCUAAGUUUGAGUUAGUUGUCAAUCAGAUUCAGAAGAAUGAGAAGGACAUUGAGUCCAAGUUGCAAUCCAUAGUGAUGGCCAACUUACUGAAAUAUCAACUCCCAGACAAAUCAAAUGACUUACCAAGUGUCAAAGAGUUCUGUGAGCGUAUUGAGCGAGAGGGGACCAAGAGUGUGAAUUUGCUGAGUCGGAAGUAUGCAGACAUUGGACCCCUCAUCACGAAGACAGAACAUUUGAUCAUGGGAACCAGCACUGGCAAAGCCCAAUGUAUGGCAGAUUAUUACAAAUACUGGGAACGCAAGGUGCUAGACUCCCUUAUAAAGAUGGUGCUUAGGAACACCCAGCACUUCAACGUGGUGCUGAAGGCAGACAUCGCUCUUUUCCAGAUUGAUGUCAUCCUGUCUGCCCCUAAGAUUGUGUUGCAGCUCCAAAACAGUGAGAUCUACUGGCUCAUCAUGCAGUGCAUCAAAGACUGUGUAGAGAGCACCAAACUAUUUGUGCGUUGGAUGCAUGGGACCUGCAUUGAGUGCCCUCCCCAACGUGUGGGUGGUGAAGAUGAGGUGGUGAUCUUUAGUUUCUUCACUGACGUGUGGCAGUAUCCUCAGAUAAACGAGAGCGCCAUGGCAGUGUCACAGAACAUAUACCGGCUGUUCCACUCGGUGGACCAGUACCUUCUCCACUGGAAACACUAUCGCUCCCUUUGGGAAAAGAACAAAACCGUCGUCAAUGAAAGAUUUGCUGCGAGAAAACCAUCCUGUGUCAUGUUUGAUGAUAAGCUGCAGUCCAUUUCCCGUAUCAAGCAAGAGGUGAUGCUGGAGCCUCUGUUUAGGAACGAGAACAUCAUCCGUCUGAACUUGGAGCCUCUGGCUCACUCGCUGCAGGAGGCGGCCGAGUCCCGGAUCACUUCACUCGCCGGUCUGCUCAACAAGCCUGCCAAAGAGGAUGUCUUCAACUUGAGAGAUGAAUUCAAGCAACUCUCUGAAAAGCUGAAACAAAAGCCGGACACUUUUGAUGACCUGAAGUCUGUCCUCGGCUCCAUAUCAGACAUCAGGAGCAUGUCAUUAGAUGUAGAGUUGAGAUUCAUUGAUAUUCAGGAAAGAUACAGAACAGUGGCCAUGUACAAAGUGGAGGUCGGAGAGGAUGAACUGGAGCUGGUGGCCAACAUUGAACAGAUGUGGAAUGAACUGUUUGCAGAAUCCAAACAAGUGGAUCGAAGUCUGUCAGGUGUCAAGAAAACAUUUACUCAGACUACAACGGAGGAUAUUGAGGAGUAUACGCUGGAAUUGUCUAUCUUUGCUGAGAACUUCAACAUGCAUGGUCCUGGAGCUGUGGGAGAUAAUCUAGAGAAAGGACUGACUAUAAUGGAAACAUAUGAGGCAGACCUUGCCAAGAUGGUGGCAGGACGGCAGGAGCUCGCUAACGCUGAGAAGCUACUGGACCUACCGGUCACUGUGUACCCAGAGGUUGUCAGCAUAGAGAAGGACAUGGAUGGCUUGAGACAGAUUUAUGCUGUUUUUAAAGCUCAGCAGGACGCAAAGACAGAGUGGUCUCAGACAUUGUGGGCGGAUUUAAACAUCCAGCUGCUACAGGAGGGGGUCGAGGGUUUCAUCAAACGCUUGAGGAAGCUGCCAAAAGAUGUGCGGGCGUUGCCUGUGGCCUUCUUCCUAGAAGGACGCAUGAAGGAGUUCAGAGAGUCUCUGCCUCUUCUGCUGGACCUGAAAAAUGAGGCCCUCAGAGAAAGACACUGGAAGGAACUGAUGGAAAGGACCGGCACUAGCUUUGAGAUGAACCCCGAGAGCUUCACUCUGGAGAACAUGUUUGCAAUGGACUUGCACAAAUAUGCAAAUGUCAUCGGUGACAUCGUCACCGCUGCUGUAAAAGAGCUCAAUAUUGAAAAGGCAAUGAAGGAGGUGGUUGAUGCCUGGGAAAACAUAAAGUUCAGUGUGCUGCCAUAUUUUAAAGGAACCCAGGAACGUGGUUUUGUUCUGGGUGCAGUGGACGAGAUCUUGCAGAACGUGGACAACGACGCCAUGAACUUACAGAGCAUGGCGGGCAGUCGUUUUGUUGGACCUUUCCUUGGCACCAUACAACAAUGGGAAAAAGACCUGUCCCUAAUCAGUGAGACUAUAGAGGUAAUGUUGCUCGUACAACGAAAAUGGAUGUACCUGGAGAGCAUAUUCAUCGAUGGAGACAUUUCCUCGCAGUUACCAGAGGAAGCCAAGAAAUUUGAUAACAUUGACAAAAAGUUUAAAGAAAUAAUGAGUGACACAGCGAAGGGUCCAAACAUUAAGCGCUGUUGCCUGAUUCCCAACCGGCUGACAGAGCUGCAGGCCCUGAGUGACGGUCUGGAGAGGUGCCAGAAGAGUCUAAAUGACUACCUGGACUCCAAGCGGAAUGCCUUUCCCCGCUUCUUCUUCAUCUCUGAUGAUGAACUGCUCAGCAUUCUGGGGAGUAAUGACCCUUCCUGUGUCCAGGAGCACAUAAUCAAGAUGUAUGACAACAUAGCAUCUCUGAGGUUUGAUGUGGAAAGCAAUGGGGGGACAGUAGCUGGAGCCAUGGUGUCUGCUGAGGGUGAAGUGAUGGAGCUGAAGAAGCCCGUCCCGGUGGAGGGCAGGGUGGAGGAGUGGAUGAUCGGAAUACUACUGGAGAUGAGAAGGACUAAUAGACUCAUCACCAAGGAAGCGAUCUUCCACUACUGUAAAGACAGGAACAGGGUGGAUUGGAUGCUGCUGUACCAGGGCAUGGUGGUGCUAGCAACCAAUCAAGUGUGGUGGACCUGGGAGGUAGAGGAUGUCUUUAAAAAUGUGGAGAAAGGAGAGAAGCACGCUCUGAAGAACUAUGCCAGUGAAAUGCACAAGCAGAUUGAUGAGCUGGUAAAACGCAUCACACAACCAAUGAAGAUCAAUGACAGACGGAAGAUAAACACUGUGCUGAUCAUCGAUGUCCAUGCCAGAGACAUCGUAGACAGCUUUGUGCUUAACAGUAUCAUGGACGCACAAGAGUUUGAGUGGGAAAGCCAACUCAGAUUCUACUGGGUCCGGGAAGACGACAACCUAUUUGUGCGUCAGUGCAGCGCUGCGUUCUCUUACGGCUACGAGUACAUGGGGUUGAACGGUCGAUUGGUCAUAACCCCACUGACAGACCGUAUCUACCUCACUAUCACACAGGCUCUCUCCAUGUACCUGGGCGGAGCUCCAGCUGGACCAGCUGGUACAGGCAAGACGGAGUCCACCAAGGACCUGGCCAAGGCUUUAGGCCUGCUCUGUGUGGUUACUAACUGCGGCGAGGGCAUGGACUACAUGGCUGUGGGGAAGAUCCUCUCUGGCCUCGCCCAGUGUGGAGCGUGGGGCUGCUUUGAUGAGUUCAAUCGAAUUGAUGCCUCCGUGUUGUCAGUGAUCUCCUCCCAAAUCCAGACCAUCCGCAACGCUCUCAUUCUGAAGCUUAAAAGGUUUCAUUUUGAGGGGCAAGACAUCAGCCUGGACAGCCGCAUGGGGAUUUUCAUCACCAUGAACCCAGGGUACGCAGGGCGCACAGAGCUGCCGGAAUCAGUCAAAGCCCUCUUCAGGCCUGUGGUGGUCAUUGUGCCGGACCUACAGCAGAUUUGUGAGAUCAUGCUCUUCUCCGAGGGCUUCCUCAUGGCCAAAGUGCUGGCAAAGAAGAUGACCGUCCUGUACAAGCUGGCACGUGAGCAGCUGUCAAAGCAGUCUCAUUAUGACUUUGGCCUGCGAGCUCUGAAGUCUGUCCUGGUGAUGGCAGGAGAGCUGAAGAGAGGCUCACCGGACCUCAGUGAGGAUGUGGUGUUGAUGCGUGCACUGAGGGACAUGAACCUACCAAAAUUUGUAUUUGAGGACGUGCCCUUGUUCCUCGGGCUGAUCUCAGAUCUGUUCCCUGGGCUAGACUGCCCUCGUGUUCGCUAUCCCAACUUAAACGAUGCUGUGGAAGAGAUCCUGCAAGAGAAUAAUUAUGUCAUGCUGUCUAACCAGGUGGAUAAAGUGGUUCAGAUGUAUGAGACGAUGAUGACGAGACACACUAUUAUGGUUGUGGGCCCGACAGGAGGAGGGAAAUCAGUUGUGAUCAACACAUUAUGUCAAGCUCAGACCAGAUUGGGCUUUCAAACCAAGAUGUAUCCCCUGAACCCUAAAGCCAUGAGUGUCAUUGAACUUUACGGUAUUCUUGACCCUGACACUCGAGACUGGACUGAUGGGAUCUUAUCCAACAUCUUCCGUGACAUCAACAAGCCUACUGACAAAAAAGAGCGGAGGUACAUCCUGUUCGAUGGGGAUGUGGAUGCUCUCUGGGUGGAGAAUAUGAACUCAGUGAUGGAUGACAACAAGAUCCUCACUCUAGCCAAUGGAGAACGGAUCCGUUUACAGAAUCAUUGUGCCCUGCUGUUUGAGGUUGGAGAUCUGCAGUAUGCUUCCCCUGCUACUGUUUCCCGCUGUGGGAUGGUUUUUGUUGACCCCAAAAACCUGAGAUACACCCCAUACUGGCAGAGAUGGAUCAAAAACAGACCGGACAGGGAACAAGAAGUGCUCAACAAACUGUUUGAGAAAUAUGUGCACAGCUCUAUUGACAUGAUUGUGGAUGGUAUUGUUAAUGGAAAACAAGGCCAGAAACCGAAGACUGUUGUCCCUCAGACAGAUCUAAACAUGGUAACUCAGCUGUGCUUGACACUGGAUGCUCUGCUUGAGAAUGAGAGCAGCAGUGCAGAAGUCCUAGAGUCUUACUUCCUGGAAGCACUGUACUGCUCAUUGGGGGCCACAUUGCUGGAGAGGGGUAGGAUCAAGUUUGAUGAGUUCAUCAAAAAACUUUCCAACUUAACUACAGUGCAGGAUGAGACCUCCCUGGCUGGACCUGGUGAGAUCCCAGGAUACCUCCCGACUCUGUAUGAUUUCCAUUUUGAUGGAACACAAAAUAAGUGGGUUACCUGGAGUUCUCUGGUCACCAAAUAUAUCCACAACCCUGAGAUGAAGUUUGCUGAUAUUUUAGUGCCAACGAUUGAAACUACAAGAGCCAACUGGAUCCUGGAACAGAUGGUGAAGAUAAAGAGGCCAGUGCUUCUGGUCGGAGAGUCUGGCACUUCCAAGACUGCCACCAUUCAUAACUUCCUGAAGAACCUCAACUCAGAUACACGGAUUACUCUGAUCAUCAACUUCUCAUCCAGAACAACUUCAAUGGACCUGCAGAGGAACCUGGAGGCCAAUGUGGAGAAAAGGACCAAAGAGACUUAUGGGCCUCCGAUGGGGAAAAGACUGCUUGUCUUUAUGGAUGACAUGAAUAUGCCAAAGGUGGAUCAUUACGGCACACAGCAGCCCAUCGCACUUCUUAAGCUGUUAUUGGACCGAGGCGGCAUCUAUGACAGGGGAAAGGAUCUUAACUACAAAACCCUCAAGGACCUUGGUUUUAUUGCUGCCAUGGGAAAGGCAGGAGGUGGAAGGAACGAAGUAGAUCCCCGCUUCAUCUCCAUCUUCAGUGUCUUUAGCAUCCCCUUCCCUGCAAUGGACUCCCUCAAGCGUAUCUAUGCUUCCAUUAUCAAAGGCCACACCACAGCAUUUGAAGACGCCAUACAGAAGGUUUGUGAUAAAGUCACCUUCUGCACACUGGAACUGUACAACAACAUCAUCAAAGAUUUGCCACCCACCCCCUCCAAGUUCCACUACAUCUUCAACCUGAGGGACCUGUCAAGGGUCUACAACGGACUGACCCUCACCAAGCCUGACAGGUUUUUGACUGUCACCCAGUUUGUGCGAGUCUGGAGGAAUGAGUGCCUGAGAGUCUUUCAUGACAGACUCAUUGAUGAAACUGACAAAGCCUUGCUCCAAGGCCACAUAAAAAACCUGAUUGAGGAGCAUUUCAAGUCAGACAUGGAGGCAGUCAUGAGGGACCCAAUUCUUUUUGGAGACUACAGGACAGCCCUCAGUGAGACUGAACCAAGGGUCUAUGAGGACAUACAGGACUAUGAUGCAUCAAAAGCCCUGUUUCAGGAAAUUCAUGAGGAAUACAAUGAGAAUAAGUCGGGGAUGAACCUCGUACUGUUUGAUGAUGCUCUGGAACAUCUGACCCGUGUGCACCGCAUCAUCCGCAUUGAACGUGGCCACGCACUGCUCGUGGGCGUCGGGGGCUCGGGCAAGCAGUCCCUCACCAAGCUCGCUGCCUUCACUGCCGGCUGCGAGGUGUUCGAGAUAACACUGAGCAGAGGAUACAGCGAGUCCAACUUUCGUGAUGACCUGAAAGCAUUGUACUUGAAGCUUGGAAUUGAAAAUAAAAAGACGGUGUUCCUCUUUACUGAUGCGCAUGUUGCAGAGGAAGGCUUCUUAGAACUCAUUAACAACAUGCUCACCUCAGGUAUUGUUCCUGCAUUGUUCCCUGAUGAUGAGAAGGAAUCAGUUCUCAACCAGCUUCGUGAUGAAGCUCUCACGAUGGGAGCCGGUCCCUCGAAAGAGAGUGUGUGGCAGUACUUUGUCAACAAGAGCGCCAACAAUCUACACAUUGUGUUAGCCAUGUCUCCAGUCGGGGACACCCUCAGGACACGCUGCAGGAACUUCCCAGGACUGAUGAACAACACUGUGAUCGACUGGUUUUUGCCAUGGCCUCCACAGGCAUUACUCGCAGUCGCUCAGUCUUUCCUUGGUGAAAGUCCAAUGAUUCCCGAGGCACACUCUGCAGAAGUGAUUACUCAUGUGUGCAUGGUGCAUAGCUCUGUGGGUGACCAUAGCAAGCUAUUCCAGCAGAAACUCAGACGUUGCAACUACGUUACUCCAAAGAACUACUUGGACUUCAUCAGCACCUAUUCUAAACUCUUGGAGGAAAAGGACCAAUAUAUUCUGGCUCAGUGCAAGCAUCUGGAGGUAGGUUUGGAUAAACUGAAGGAUGCUAGUGAGCAGCUGCUUGAACUGAAUGUCAAGCUAGCAGAGCAGAAGGUGGUCCUCGCUGAAAAGUCCAUAGCCUGUGAGACCAUGCUGAACGAGAUUGGCACAAACACGACUGUAGCUGAGGAGAAAAAGACUCUGGCAGAAGACAAAGCCAAAGAGAUUGAAGAGCAGAACAAAGUUAUAGCAGUGGAGAAGAAAGAGGCUGAAAGUUCUCUGACUGAGGCCCUGCCGGCAUUAGAGGCCGCCCGCAACGCCCUGAAAGACCUGGAAAAAUCUGAUGUCACAGAGAUCCGAUCCUUUGCCAAGCCACCCAAACAGGUGCAGGUGGUUUGCGAGUGCAUCCUGGUGAUGCGUGGCUACAAGGACAUCAGUUGGCAGUCAGCCAAGGGAAUGAUGUCAGAGGCUAACUUCCUGCGCUCGCUGAUGGAAAUGGACUGUGAUUCCAUAAAUCAUACCCAAGUUAGGAUUGUCAAAGGCUACCUAAAGGACCUCCAGACAAGCUUUGAGGAAAUGCAAGCCAUAAGUAAGGCCGGUUCAGGAAUGCUCAAGUUUGUCGAGGCUAUCAUGGGUUACUGUGAGAUUGCAAGAGAGAUAAAACCCAAGAGAGAAAAGGUUGCACGCCUAGAGAAGAACUUCUUUCAGAGUAAGAAGGAGCUGGAACGCAUUCAGAGUGAGCUUAACAAGAUCCAGAAGGAGUUGCAUGCUCUUGGAGAGAAGUACCAAGCUGCUAUUGAGGAGAAAGGACAGCUACAGAAUGAGGCUGAGCUCAUGGAGAAGAGGCUGAUAGCCGCUGACAAACUCAUCUCGGGCUUGAGCUCUGAGAAUAUACGAUGGACACACGAUUUGGAGGAGUUGAAGCAGCGUCGAGUGCGUCUGCUGGGUGACUGCCUGAUAGCUGCUGCUUUCCUGAGCUAUGUAGGGGCCUUCAGUUGGGACUUCAGGAAUGAAAUGGUUUACAAUGUAUGGGUUAAGGAUGUGCAGGAGAGAGGCAUCCCCUUGAGCCAGCCUUUCAAAGUGGAAAGCCUUCUGACUGAUGAGGUCGAAAUCAGCAGAUGGGGCUCAGAGGGUUUGCCUCCAGAUGAACUCUCGGUGCAAAAUGGAAUCCUCACAAGCAGGGGGAGCCGUUUUGCCAUGUGCAUUGACCCGCAACAGCAAGCACUCAACUGGAUUAAAAAGAAGGAACAAAACAACAACCUCAAGAUCUCAUCUUUCAACGAUCCAGACUUCCUGAAGCAGCUAGAGAUAGCCAUUAAAUAUGGCUUCCCAUUCCUUUUUCAAGAUGUGGAUGAGUAUAUUGAUCCCGUGAUUGACAAUGUCCUGGAGAAGAACGUAAAAGGAGCAGAGGGCAGACAGGUCCUCAGGCUGGGUGACAAGGAGGUGGACUAUGAUCCCAACUUCAAACUGUACCUCAACACCAAACUUGCUAACCCCAAAUACUCCCCAUCGGUGUUCGGAAAAGCCAUUGUCAUUAAUUAUACCGUGACUCUUAAGGGUCUGGAGGACCAGCUGCUGAGUGUUAUCAUGGCCUUUGAGAAGAAGGAGCUGGAGGAGCAGCGUGAGCAUUUGAUCCAAGAGACGAGCAACAAUAAGAAGCUGCUGAAGAACCUCGGGGACUCCCUGCUCAGAGAGCUGGCCACAUCUACAGGCAACAUGUUGGAUAACACAGAGCUGGUCAACACUUUGGAGGAGACAAAGUCAAAAGCCAGCGAGGUAUUUGAGAAACUACAGUUGGCCGAGAAGACGUCCGUGGCCAUUGAUGAACUCAGAGACAGCUAUCGACCUGCUGCCAAGCGCGGUGCGAUCCUGUUCUUCGUCCUGACAGAGAUGGCUCUGGUGAACAGCAUGUACCAGUACUCUCUAGCCUCCUACCUGGAAGUGUUUGGCUUCUCACUGCGCAGAUCUCUGCCUGAUUCUGUCCUGCUCAAAAGACUGAAGAACAUCAUGAAAACGCUGACAUACAGUGUUUAUAACUACGGCUGCACAGGUCUGUUUGAGAGACACAAGCUGCUCUUUUCCUUUAACAUGACCAUCAAGAUUGAGCAGGCAGAAGGGAGGUCACCUCAGGAGGAGUUGGAGUUCUUCAUCAAGGGUAAUCUAUCACUGGAAAAGAGCAGAUGUAAAAAGCCAUGUGACUGGCUUGCAGACCAGGGCUGGGAGGACAUAGUGAAACUAGGAGAGCUCUUCCCUGAGCACUUUGGCUCUCUGCCGGAUGAUGUGGAGAAACAUUCCACUGACUGGAAGUCUUGGUAUGACUUAGAUGGACCAGAACAGGCUCAAUUCCCCAUGAAGUACGAGGAGAACCUGUCGGCCUUCCAGAAGCUGCUGCUGCUGCGCUGCUUCCGCGUUGAUAGAAUCUACAGAGCUGUGACCGACUACAUCACUGUCAUCAUGGGCGAGAAAUAUGUGCAGCCCCCUGUCAUCAGCUUUGAUGCCAUUUAUGACCAGAGCACACCUUCCUCCCCCAUUGUCUUCAUCUUGAGUCCCGGCUCUGAUCCGGCCACUGACCUCAUGAAACUAGCCGAGAGGUCAGGCUUUGGAGACAACAAGUUCAAGUUCCUUGCUAUGGGCCAAGGCCAAGAGAAGGUGGCACUGCAGUUGCUGGAGAAGGCGGCGUCCCGUGGUCAGUGGUUGAUGCUACAGAACUGCCACCUGCUUGUAAAGUGGCUGAAGGAUUUGGAAAAGUGCUUAGAGAAGAUCACCAAGCCCAACCCCAACUUCCGCUUGUGGGUCACCACCAACCCCAUUCCGGAUUUCCCCAUUGGCAUACUGCAAAAGUCUCUGAAGGUCGUGACGGAGCCUCCCAACGGACUCAAGCUGAACAUUAGAGGCACAUACUCUAAAAUCUCCACGGAGACCUUGAUCUCGUGCCCUCACCCUGCCUUCAGCAGCCUGGUGUAUGUGCUGGCCUUCUUCCACGCUGUGGUGCAAGAGAGACGCAAGUACGGCAAGAUUGGCUGGAACAUCUCCUACGACUUCAACGAGUCGGACUUCUUUGUGUGUAUGGAGAUCCUGAAGACUUACCUGACAAAAGCUCACAAGCAAGGAGAAAGCAAUAUUCCCUGGGGAAGUCUUAAAUACCUUAUUGGGGAGGUGAUGUAUGGUGGCCGAGCCAUAGAUAGCUUUGACCGCCGGAUCCUGAAUGUCUACAUGGAUGAGUACCUUGGAGACUUCCUCUUCUACACUUUUCGACAAUUCCACUUCUUCAGCAACAAGGACGUAGAUUACAAGAUCCCCUCAACCGGGUCCGGGUCCAAGAAAGAAUAUGUCGAUGAGAUUGAGACGCUGCCACUGGCCAACACACCCGAGGUGAUGGGUCUUCAUUCCAAUGCAGAGAUAGGAUACUACACCCAGGCAGCUAAAGACAUGUGGACUCACCUGAUAGACCUGCAGCCUCAGACAGGUGAAUCUAGUGGAAGCAUCGGUCGAGAUGAGUUCAUCAGCCAGGUGGCCCAGGACAUUCAGAACAAGCUGCCCACGUUAUUUGACAUGGAUGUGAUCUGUAAAAGGUUUGGGACUGGCAUUUCCCCGACCUCAGUGGUGCUGCUUCAAGAACUGGAGCGCUUCAACAAGCUCGUGGUCCGCAUGCAGCGCUCUCUGGCUGAGCUGCAGAGGGCCUUGGCUGGUGAGGUGGGAAUGAGCAGUGAGUUGGAUGAGGUUGCUCGGGCACUUUUUAAUGGCCACAUUCCGGCCAUCUGGAAGAAGUUGGCACCUGACACACUUAAGGCCCUCGGCAACUGGAUGAGCCAUUUCAAGAGGCGUUACAAACAGUACAGCUACUGGGUGGAUAAAGGAGAGCCAAAUGUUAUGUGGCUAUCAGGACUCCAUAUCCCAGAGUCCUACCUGACUGCCCUGGUCCAAGCUGCAUGCAGGACAAAUGGUUGGCCUCUCGAUCUUUCCACACUGUACACGGAGGUGACACAGUACCGCAGUGAGGAUGAAGUCAGCAUGAGACCUGAACAAGGCUGCUUUGUGUCCGGCCUGUAUCUGGAGGGAGCGGACUGGGAUAUGGAGAAGGGCUGCCUGGUGAAGAGUAAACCAAAGGUUCUGGUUGUGGAGCUGCCCAUUCUCAAAGUCAUCCCCAUAGAGGCUCACCACCUGAGGUUACAGAAUACGAUUCGGACACCAGUGUACACCACCUCUCUGCGGAGGAAUGCAAUGGGGGUGGGGUUGGUGUUUGAGGCGGACCUGUUCACCACGAAGCACAUCUCCCACUGGGUGCUGCAGGGAGUCUGUUUGUGCCUCAACGCUGACUGAAGACAAGCCUCAGCCCCCGAGCUGCUUCGCUUUCCCACAGUCUGCUCCAACAUGUUGAUACAUUGAGUUCUGCGUUUUUUAAAGAGAUUGAAACAAACUUGUACCUCGACUAAUGGGACGAUUACAGGAAACCAAAUAAGUUAUGAUGAAAGAUUGCACAUAUGUUUAAAAAAUAAAUUGAUAGAGACAUGAAAGAAAAGUAGAUGCUUGGCUCAUUAUCUACUGCAUAGCUUUAUUAUGUUCUCACUAGAUGGCAGCACACAACAGUACUGAACUCUUUACUCUGUAGCUCCAGGGAUUUAUCUUUGGUGCUACAGUGGGCAAAAGUAUCAUCGCGCUAUAGUGGGUCAGGGUCUGUCAAGCCUAAUUUGAAUGAAUAAACAUUUGCAAUUCA